UUGCAAGUGAAAAUAAUAAUGGUAGCCAAGUCGAGCACCUAUUUGAUAACAAUAAUCUUUAGUGCAUUGAUAUUAUUAUGGUUCCCUGCAACUACAGUUAGUCAAAAAAAUGGGAACUCGACUCCACCCGACAUAGAUCAAUUUCUGAGUAGUAUAUUUAAUCUGCCUCUACACGCUAUACAAGCCCUAGCUAAAUAUUUUAUAUUUAGCUCCAAGAUAUCUUCCAAAGAUAUUGAAAUUAUUUCCUAUAAACCAAAUAAUAAAAACGAAACUACUAAUCUUUCAUCAACCAAAGAUAUUUCAUUAAGCGCAGACGAAAAAAUUGUUAUUAUUGUUCAUGGAUUUCAAUCUCAAGCUACUGCAGAUUGGGUUAAAUCGCUAGCAAGUGCUUACCAUAACAUCGGCAUUAAAAAUACUUUAGCAAUAAACUGGCAGAAAAUUGCUAAACAAUUUUAUUCAACUGCAGCGGAAGCUACGAAAAUGGUUGGAGAAAUGGUCGGUGAAUGGUUGUUUGAUAAUAUUUUGCAGCAGAAUUCCAGUAAACUGGAAAAUAUUCAUUUAGUUGGACAUUCGUUAGGAGCUCAUGUUGCUGGAUUUAUUGCCAAAAAGAUUUCGAAUUUGACUGAUGGAGAAAAAGUUUACAGAGUAUCAGGUUUAGAUGUAGCUGCACCACUUUUUGAAUACCCCAUCAAACUACCAACCACUUCAAGAUUGGAUCGUGACGAUGCUCAAAACGUAGAUGUAUAUCAUACAGAUGGUGGACUGUUUGGGUUUUUAUCUCCAACUGGACAACAAGAUUUUUAUGUUAACUACGGUGGGCCAAUUCAACCAGGUUGCGAAGGCAAUAUUCUAGAGUCAGUUGAGUGCAGCCAUAGCUUUUCCCAUAAACUUUUCACUAAGACCUUAAAUUCUAGUGACUAUAUUGCCAUAAGAUGUGAUAAUACAGAGUUGGCAAAGACUGGAGAGUGUGAUAAUAAUAUUGCUGUCACUUUUGGGCAAAAUAUUAAUGGUUCUGAUUAUGGAUCGUUUUAUGGAUUUGUCGAUUCUAAUGCAGAUCCUGUAAUUGGAGGAAUAUAAAUAAAUAAAUCAAAAUCCAGAUAAUUGAA